AUGGUUACUGAUGCAUGGAAGAAAAUGGUAACAACUAAAGAUGAACUUCAUUCGCUUAACCCAUCGGUCGAGGAGUCACUGUCCACUGUAGUGUUUUGUGUGGAUUGUGUUGCACAUAGAUGGCUCAAUAAGUGCUCAGGCACCAAGGAGUCAGUUAGUAGGUUCUUUGUGGGCACACCUUGUGUUUCCAUUCCUGGAAAAAUGGCUCGUAACGUGGCAGUGACCUCCCUCCUCGUGGCUCUGUGCCUCGUAGCAGCAGUUGCUGGACACAGAAGCUACGGUUCCGGCGGACACAGACCUUUUGGCAGUGUCCAUUCAUCUGCUGGUAUCCACGGAGGUAGCGCUCAUGGCGUAGGACUCGUAGGCUCUGGCAUCCAUGGCGCAGGUCUCGUAGGCUCUGGCAUCCACGGCGCUGGAUCCUUCAACCCCGCUCAUUUCCCUGGUCUUGUGCCUGGUUUCGGCUUCCACCUCAACCAACCCGUGUCUGGAUACAACAAGUGCAAGUACUGGUGCAGGAGUAGCUAUACCCGACAGUAUUACUGCUGCCAACAGUCUUAUUAUGGCUAGAUUUAUAGUUCAGUAUUGUACUGACUAUACCGUGGACGAACCAGUUUCUCUUAUGUUGACAAAAUUGUUUGCUGUUUCUCAAAUAAAGAGUAUGUAAUCAUA